AGUCAGCCAGCCCCUGAAGGAGCACCGAGUACCAGUCAGCCAGCCCCUGAAGGAGCAUCCAGUACCAGUCAGCCAGCCCCACAAGGAGCAUCUAUAGCCGGUCAGCCCAUACAAGAACCUUUAACUCUAAUGAAAGAUCUAAUCCAAACAAACUCAACAGUUAAAGACUGCCUAAAAAAUGGUCUUGAUUACGACUACAAAUUGUUAAGUAACUGGAGACACCUUGCCGAUCAACUGAAAGAUCCUGCAGUUCCUCAAGAAGUGAAAGAAGCUUGUGAAAGUGGUACAAUCCACAGUCCAACUUUGGAAGUUCUGGGGAGACCCGAUAUAUGCAUAAAACCAGUUCAAGAGCUUAUGGACAAACUAAAUGGAAAUGGCUUGAAUCGAAGAUGUGAUGUUCACCUUCAAUUGAGUAACGGGAUUCCUGAAGCUGACAGGUCGAAAAGUAUUGAAGAUGUUUUGCUUGACAAAGUUGACUUGAUGGAUAAAAUUGCAAUUAAACUUGAUUUGCCUAAAACGAGGGUUACAAAGAAUUGGAAGUACUUCGCACGCCUACUUGGGAUCAAAAAUGAUGAACUUGAUUUGAUUGAGAGAGGAAACAAUCCAGCUGAGCAAUUGUUACAGCACGUCUACAGGACGCUCCCACCAGAAAAGAAGUCUGCAGGAGAGUUUCGAAGAAUUAUCAUGGGAUUUGACAAUAGACCUGACUUGAAAACGUUUGUAACAGAUUUGAGAAUCGAGAACAACAAUGAUUCUCGUCCCUUAAUAAGCAUCAUUCAACCUGACAGCAAAGAAAUGAGAGAAGUGACUUAUCUUUUGAAUAAAAGUACAGGAGGCAUAAAAAACUGGAGGACUUUAGCGAGAGAGUGGGAAUUAGACUACAGUGUCUACGACACUUUUGACCCACCAUCUAGACCAAGCCCCACCGGCACUUUGUUGGAUUGGAUGUGUAUCAAUAGUCAUGUCUCAGUGGAAGUCUUUCUGAAUAUACUAGACGAAAAGAUGAAGAGAUAUGAUAUUAAAGAUGAAUUGGAGAAGAUUAUACAAAACUGAAACUAAGAGUUCAACAUACUGUUAGUGUGAUUUUUUAGUGUCCAUAUGAUCAACUGAUCUACAAACCGGUAAAGAAUCCUCAGGAUAUACGUCGCUGUACUUGGAGGUUUCAAUGCAAAACGCAUAUUUUGGAUGACACCUGAACAAUAGGUCUUAUUUUUACACGGUGAAUGCGUUAGACGACGUCACGCGAAUAUUUUAAUAUCAAAUGUUAAAAUAGCUUUAGCUAGAAUAUAAAGAUGAUAUAAGAUAAAGACGCGCAAACCAUAUACGAAAAUGUCAAAAUGCUCUAAGUAUACACAUCACUAAUGAUGCGAAGCAGUUGAACGAAAAAGUCUUCGUGUACGGCGCUAUUUUUACAUUGAAUGUAGUUUGUACUGAUGUAAGUUUUGUUCAGCAUUAAAGUAUUGAUUGACACGUAGAGUUCUU